GAGGGAAGAGCAGGUGAAAUGUUUGGUGGAGAGGGGCAUCACCGUGAAUGGGCUGUUUGAGCCUGUGCUGCCGCUGACGCAGCCAGCACCUAAAAUAACGCUGUCAAAUGUUCCUCCAUUCAUCAAUGAUGAGUUCCUGAUUAGAGAGCUGUGUCGUCACGGUAAGGUGAUAUCACCAGUUAAAAAGAUCUUGUCUGGUUGUAAGUCACCACUGUUAAAACAUGUUGUAUCUUACCGGAGACAGCUCUUUAUGAUCCUAAAUAACAAGAAUGAAGAAUUUAAUUAUCGUUUCUUUGUUCGUGUGGAUGACUGAUUAUGUUUUGUUUGCAACUUCCUCUCUUGUAAAAUCUUUCGGCUGUGGUGAGGAGGGACACCUUGUUAAAGCUUGUCCUAACCGCGCCGGCACGGCUCCGCAGGACUCGGUUGGGGGGCGGCGGCCGAGCGGCCGGCUCCUGCUGCGCAGCGGCAGUAAGACAUGACAUAACGGUCCGACCAGUAUGGACCCAGCGGGAGAGAGUGCCGCCUUCUGGGCCAUCGUUCACCAGGAGGCGGAACUCAUGAUCCCUGGUUGGCGGCACCCUGACGAACUGGACUCCCCGGACGAGGAGGAAUCCCCCUUCUGGGAAACACGCCUGGCUCGGGGUGGCCCCCGGAGCAUCCAGGCUCUGGGGCGACACCGACGACGGCGUCGAUGUCAGCCCCAGCUAGCCGCUGUUCCGGCGGUGUUCUCGGGCGCGUCGUCGGUGGUGGUCCUGGACGCAUCAGCCCCCGCUCCGGUGAUGGUCCCGGAACCCCGCAGCCAGCGCCAUGGACCCGGGUACCCCCGCAGCCAGCGCCACGGACCCGGGUACCUCCGCAGCCAGCGCCACGGACCCGGGCUCCCCCGCAGCCAGCGCCACGGACCCGGGUACCCCCGCAGCCAGCGCCACGGACCCGGGCUCCCGCGCAGCCAGCGCCACGGACCCGGGCUCCCCCGCAGCCAGCGCCCCGGAACCAGGCUCCCCCGCAGCCAGCGCCACGGACCCGGGCUACCCCGCAGCCAGCGCCACGGACCCGGGCUCCUGGUUUCCCUGCAAAGCCAAGUUCCCCAGCCAAGCCAAUUUUCCCCGCCACGCCCGCCAAGCCCCACGCCAAGCCCAGAGUCCCCGCCAAGCCCAGAGUCCCCAUCAAGUCCAGAGUCCCCGUCACGUCUGACAAGCCCCACGCCAAGCCCCCCAGGCCCCGCGCCUAGGCCUCGGGGACGUCCCCCCGAGCUGUCUCGCUGGUCUGCCCGGGCCUCAUGGCCGACCCCCGGGGCUGUCUCACCGGUCUCACCCGGAACUUUGGCCGUGUGUUGACAAGGAAAAGGGCACUGGUGUUUGACACAGCAAGGAUGAAAAAUAUUGAUGUUCUGUUUUUACAAGAAACACACAGUGAUGAAAGCAAUGAGGUGAAUUGGAACAAAGAGUGGGAAGGAGAGGUGGCUUUGAGCCAUAACACCACACUCAGCGGUGGAGUGGGCUUCCUGUUUUCUCGGAACUUUACUCUAUCGUCUCUGGAGGUCGAGCAUGUGGUGAAGGGGAGGUGUCUUUUAGUCAAGGCACAGUUUGAACAUCACACCCUGUUUUUUAUGAACAUUUAUGCUCCAACAAACGGUACAGAGAGGAAGAACUUUCUAGAAAAAGUCAACACUAGACUGAAUUUCUGUGGCUCGGAGGAUUUUUUAUUCUUGGGUGGGGAUUUUAACUGUACCAAGUACGAGUUUUUAGACCGUAAUCAUGCAGAGCCUCAUCCAGCCUCCCAACACGCUCUGAAGCAGCUGGUCUACUCCCACGGCCUGGUGGAUGUGUGGAGAAGUAUGCACACAGACUACAGACAGUACACGGGGUCCCACCUGAGAGAGGACAGAAUCUCCUUAGCCUGACUUGAUCGUUUUUGUUUUAAGCACCAUUUUAAUGUUUUUAAGCUGUGUAAAAUAAUGCCAGCUGGUUUUACGGAUCAUUCUUUGGUUUUAUGUCAUGUCACCAUUAAAUACAUUUUAC